AUGCAAGGAUGGUGCCACUGCCACACAAGACACACACAUCCAAUCAACCCGAGACCUCAAGUGUCACGACUCGAGACACAACACUUCCCCCGGACCACCAUGGAUAAGGCAUACAUUGCCGUCCUCACCAUCGCCUUCCUCUUCCUGCUCCACUACAUUCUAGGCAAGAUCAGCAAUGGCAGGCGCGGCAAGGGCGCCGUGCAGCUGCCGCCAAGCCCCCCGGUCAUCCCCUUCCUCGGCCAUCUCCACCUCGUGGAGAAACCGUUCCACGCCGCGCUGCGCCGCCUGGCCGCGCGCCUCGGCCCGGUCUUCUCGCUGCGGCUCGGCUCGCGCCGCGCCGUGGUGGUGUCGUCGGCGGAGUGCGCCAGGGAGUGCUUCACGGAGCACGACGUGACGUUCGCCAACCGGCCCCGGUUCCCGUCGCAGCUGCUCGUGUCCUUCGACGGCGCCGCGCUCGCCACGUCCAGCUACGGCCCGCACUGGCGCAACCUCCGCCGCGUCGCCGCCGUGCAGCUGCUCUCCGCGCACCGCGUCGCCUGCAUGUCGGGCGUCAUCGCCGGCGAGGUGCGCGCCAUGGCGCGCCGGCUGUUCCGCGCCGCCGCCGCGGCCCCCGGCGACGCCGCGCGGGUCCAGCUGAAGCGGAGGCUGUUCGAGCUCUCCCUCAGCGUGCUCAUGGAGACCAUCGCGCAGACCAAGGGGACCCGGUCGGAGGCCGACGCCGACACGGACAUGUCCGUGGAGGCCCAGGAGUUCAAGAAGGUGGUGGACGAGAUCAUCCCGCACAUCGGCGCCGCCAACCUGUGGGACUACCUGCCGGUGCUGCGGUGGUUCGACGUGUUCGGAGUGAGGAACAAGAUCCUUGCCGCGGUGAGCAGGAGGGACGCCUUCAUGCUGCGUCUCAUCGACAACGAGCGCCGGAGGCUUGACGAUGGCGGCGCCGAAGGCGACAAGAAGAGCAUGAUCGCCGUGCUGCUCACUCUGCAGAAGACGGAGCCAGAGGUGUACACCGAUACCAUGAUCAUGGCUCUCUGCGCGAAUUUAUUCGGGGCUGGAACGGAGACCACGUCGACGACGACGGAGUGGGCGAUGUCGCUGCUGCUGAACCACCCGGCGGCGCUGAGGAAGGCGCAGGACGAGAUCGACGCGGCCGUGGGGACCUCCCGGCUGGUGACCGCCGACGACGUGCCCCGGCUGGCCUACCUGCAGUGCAUCGUGAGCGAGACGCUGCGGCUGUACCCGGCGGCACCGAUGCUGCUGCCGCACCAGUCCUCGGCUGACUGCAAGGUCGGCGGCUACAACGUGCCGAGCGGCACGAUGCUGAUGGUGAACGCGUACGCCAUCCACCGGGACCCGGCGGCGUGGGAGCGGCCGCUGGAGUUCGUCCCGGAGCGGUUCGAGGACGGGAAGGCCGAGGGGCGGUUCAUGAUCCCGUUCGGGAUGGGCCGGCGGCGGUGCCCCGGAGAGACGCUGGCGCUGCGGACUAUCGGCAUGGUGCUGGCCACGCUGGUGCAGUGCUUCGACUGGGAGCGCGUGGACGGCGCGGAGGUGGACAUGACGGAGGGCGGCGGGCUCACCAUCCCCAAGGCCGUGCCGCUCGAGGCCGUGUGCAGGCCGCGCCCGGCCAUGCGCGACGUGCUUGAGAGCCUCUGA